ACAAGAAGUUACCAUCCCACAUUUUUUCUCUUCAUCGUUUAAAACGCAAUCUAAGAUCACUAUUCCUUCCAAAAAUUCCAAAUUCCGGGGCAGAAAGCCAGAAACUAGAGGAGAAAACUAUGAAGCCUAUCAUCAUUAGUGUUGCCUUGCUUUUUUCUUUCUCCCUUUGCCUCUCUUUAUUGCCCUCACUAAAUGCUGCUGGUAAAAACAACUUAAUUGCUGAAGCCUGUCAAAGGGCGAGAUACAAGGAUCUCUGUAUCUCAAGCCUUGAGGCUGAACAUGCCAGCCAAGACGCUGACCUAGCUGCCCUUGCCUUGAUAGCACUCAAGGUCGCUUCCAACAAUGGCUCAGACACAUCCGUCUACAUCAAGAAGAUACUCGAUGGUUCAAAUUUGGAACCUACCGUCGAGCAGAACUUCCAGGAUUGCUCGGAAAAUUACUUAUCCGCGACACAGCAGCUUGAUGACUCCCUGGCAGCCCUGGUAUCAAAGGCUUACAAAGAUGCGAAAGUCUGGUUGGAAGCUGCCGUUACCGAUGCAAUCACUUGUGAGUCUGGGCUCAAGCAAAGCCCCGGUAACGAAUUGGAGCUGUUUAGCAGGAACAACAUUUUUAUCAAGCUUUGUAGCAAUGCCUUGGACAUCGUCAAUCUUUUGGCUACAAAGUGAUGUAACCCCAAGCUUCAUUUGCUGCUAUUAAUUACUCUUAAUUAGUUUGUACUACUUUUAUUAGCUCAUAAUAAUUUCUGCAAUCAAAUUAACCGUGCUAAAAAUCUGGUGCAUCGAUUAAGAUGCUGCCUUGCUCGCAAGUUUCAUGUAAUUGUGGAAAUGAGACGUUAAUGCUAUUGCAAGGAUAUAAUUAAGCAAUGAAAAUACCGGUUCUUGGGGCAGAAGACAAUUGGACAUCGUUGCUUGCUCUUGGACUCUGUACCAAUAUUAUUGUAAUUAUUUAGGUGAAAACUACUAACGGUAAGUUUUGCUGUGUA